AACAGUAGGUUUCCUUUCACCCCAUCACAAUGGCAAGAACUUGAACACCAAGCUCUAAUAUAUAAAUACAUGGCUUCAGGUACCACUGUCCCUCCUGAUCUUCUCUUCACUCUCAAAAGAAGCCAUUUCAAUUUGCCUCAUCACCAACCAGCAGCUCAACAACAACACUUUGGAUGGAACUAUCUUGAAAUGGGUUUGGGAAGAAAAAUAGACCCGGAACCAGGAAGGUGCAGAAGAACAGAUGGAAAAAAAUGGAGGUGCUCAAAAGAGGCAUACCCAGAUUCAAAGUACUGUGAGAGGCACAUGCACCGAGGGAAAAACCGUUCAAGAAAGCCUGUGGAACUUUUGAAAACAACAACAAACGCAUGCAAUAGUGCUUCUUCAGCAACAACCCACACCAUCAUCUCAUCACCAUCAUCAAUCACUAAAACUAAUCAGCACCCUCAACAACGUUCUUGCUAUAAUAAUGGUUCCAAUCUUCUUCAUCAGCAUUCCUUUGUCUUCAAUUCCCACACUCCAUCAAGGUCAUCAACAUCUGCUGUUGCUUUUUCAUUUCAAGACAACACUGCUCCCUCCAGGUAUGUCUAUGGAGUGAAAGAGGAUGCGGAUGAACGUGCUUUCUUCAAAGAACCUUCUAGCACAUUGAAAAGCUUCUCUGGAUCCUCCAUGGACGAUUCAUGGCAACUCACACCAUUGACCAUAAGCACCUCAUCUUCUUCUUCCUCCACAAAACAGAGGAGAUGCACAAGUUUAUCCAACAAUAGUGACUACUCGUACUUGCAACUUGAGAGCCUCAAUGAGCGCUCAAAAAAUCAAGAACAAGAUCAGAAGACUACUGUUCAUAGCUUCUUUGAUGAAUGGCCCCACAAAGGCAGAGGAUUUGAUUCCGAUGACAAAUGUUCUUCCACAACCAAAUUAUCAAUUUCCAUUCCAUCAACAUCUUUUCAUGACUUUCCCGUCCUUCAGUUCAAGAACCCACCUCACUGCUGAUUAUUCAACCCUUUCAUCAUCCUUAAAAUGUUCAGCAGAGGUUGAGCUAUGCCUUGAACAAUGGGAUCAUUGUACGGCCAAUAGAGUACUUUGGAAGUGGGGUUCAGAUGCCGAGGUCAUCCUUCAAUUGCUCCGGCUGGUGCUCCUCUUUGUUUUUCAUUUCUUUUUCUUUUUGUUUUUCCUUAAUCUACUAUAAAUGGAGUUCCUGUAUCCAUGGAGAGAUCCAAAAUGUUAUAGUUGUUACUUGAG